AUGGCCGAGCAUCAAAUCACUGAGUCCGAUCUGCGAAGAGAGGUUGAAGCGUUACGCACGCGCCGCCGACUUUCUGCGAAUCGCGCAGUGAUGGACCCUGACUUGCCAGACUUGCAUACAGGAGGGCUACGUGGAAACAGUCCUUCGUUGGGGUCAGGGUCCAACACCUUUCCAUCAAACGACCAGGCUUCUUGCUCAGAACAUUUAGCAAAUUUGUCUUUUGAACAUACUGCACAUCUCGCUGGCUCCCAGCCUUUGUUCGGCUCUAUUGACCGGGACCGCAUUCUGGCGCGCCGGCAAGCCAGUGCUGGCGGAACCGCGCGCUCGCAGACAGGUCCUGAGUCCUCUUUCCCCCCCAUGGAACAACAUCACGCCGGCGGCUCUACGCGUGUGUUGGGACGAACGCCAUUGCCGCCGACGCCUCCAGGGCCGAAUGGCACCGACAAUUUGUUUUGGAUCCCUGCUUCUGCGCAUCCAGAAAUUUCCCCUGAAAAUUUCCGUUCAUUUCUAAAGACGCAAGCAGAGCGGAAUGUAAACCAGCAUGCACAGGAACAGGCAGUGAAUAUGCAGCGAUCACCUCCCAAUUCUCCGCCCAUGCCAAAGACCUCCCCGACGAUGCUUGAUGCGGAAUCGAAUGCCAAAGCAACUACCGAUUGGCUCAUUGGAAAGUCUACAUCGCUAGCGCGGCGCUCCAGCUCGUUGCGGCGUCAGUAUAAUGGUUUUGACGAGGCGCCAGCAAGAGAACGUGUGCCGGAAGACCGUGGACAGCGGCGCGGAAGUCUCUUGGCCGUUUCAGACGCUCCUCUCGUGCCGGCGGCUCACCAAGACUUACUGCCUGAGUAUCAUUUGGUUCGGGAGCUGCAGCAUCGGGAGCAGCCUGCGAAAUGCAAGCCGGGAUCUGACAUGACGGACACGACAGAAGAGGACAGAAGCUCAGCGACACACACGUCCAGAACAUCGGACACAUCCGAUUCACAGCACAUUGAACGCACAGCACAUGUCCACCGCACGAAAGCUGUGCGUAAUGCUGCAGAUCAGCCAUCUGUGCCACACUCACAGCAUACCUCGCUGUUGGAGAGCAGUGGUCAAGCAUCUGCAGGGUCCAGCUCAGACCACGAUUCCAGUAUAUCACAGAACAUCUCGGACAUUUCCGAGGGCAAUACACCCGGCGAUACUUCGUUUGCCGAAAGCAUUGCGGCUACUAUCGAGGCGCUAGACCUUGACACGCCAAAAGCCGAGAAAGCGAGCGCGCCUGUGUCCUCUCUCCCGCCAAGCGGCUUUUCUACAGAGAAAUCAUGGGAUGCAAUGUUCAAGCCCGCACUACCGGAUCCACAGACAAAUGUACGGAAGCAUGCGUAUGCAAAGGAUGCGCUCCCCGAGCUUCCGCCCAAGGAUGUAGAAACGCGCGCUCGAUCGCAGUCUCUCACAAGGCACCCACACCGCGUCCCUGUUCCUUGGCCGCCCCAGGACAUGUCAUUGCAGCAGAUGAAUAUUGAUACACGGCCUUUACCCACGCUAAGCACGCCUCCGGAACCGCCUGCGCGCUCCACGAAGCCUGAAAUCAAGCCCAUAUCACCAGAUGUGUCUGCACGUCGGUUGAUGGACCCAGUUCCGCUGCCGCCUACACCGCCGCGCCGAUCUACGUUACCAAUGCCUAUAUCGACACCGCCGUCGACCAACCGCGAGAAGGAAAAGCGCAGCGGAUUUGGACUUUCCUGGUUUGGGCUGAACAAGGAGGACGUCGGUUCAACCGAGCGCGAAUUGCGCGAGCGGAGCAAACGGCGUGAACGAACAAAACGACGGGACAAGCAAGAGAAGCGCGAGCGCAAGAAGAUCGAUGAGGUUCCGCCGCCGCCGCCACUGCUUCCUCCCCCAGCGCCCAAGCGCAAAGAAAAAGACACAUUUUUUGGUGGCUUGUUUGGCAAGCGCAAAAGCGACACUGACAAGUUGAAGCAGCGCGCUUGGACCUUGUUUGGUGGUAGUCAAGCGGCUGUGCCUCCGCCCAGUGAAAGCAAUCCCUUGCGGUAUCCCUUGCACGUCGAACGAUCGCUGUACAGAUUGAGUCAUUUCAAGCUCGCGAAUCCGCGACGAGCUUUGCAAGAGCAAGUCGUGAUCAGCAAUAUGAUGUUCUGGUACUUGGCUGUGAUCAAUGCGGGCCAAGGCAGGCCUUCGCCGCUUCCCACCUCGAAUCACCCCAACAUGCCUGUAGUCAGCGAAUACGACGAGGCUUCGCGGCGUCUCUCGAACGGAACACCACCGAGCAUUGUGCAUUUUGGCGUGCUAACUCCUGGAAACGCACAACAUAACACGCCGAGCACGUGUGAACCGUGGAAGAAACCGCUGAACCGCUUGCCUGUGGAUACGCCAGAUAUGGAACAGGGCGCGUGGUCUCCGAUGCCCACCUCUCUGGCCGCGGGUAUGUCGCCUUGGGGCGAGUCUACGUCGCAUGCACUUCCUAUGCCUCCCUCGCCCGGCAACGCUUCUGCGCUCACACUGUCCAUGCCGGGAACACCUAACACCCAAGACGACUAUGACUUAGACGAAUGUGUUUUGGACGACUACUAUUCGAGUACUGCCAGUCCUUCGGGGCCGCCAGCCGAGACCAUGGCCAAGGUUGGUGUACCUACAUGGCCCUUACCUGAGCCCGUGCGGCCGCCGACGUCCGAGACAAAAUCCAGUUCAAGUCCUUCUAUAUCGCAAAGCACUGCUCCUGGUGUGGAUCAUCUGCGCCAAGCUCUGUCGAUGGGUGGAAAUGGCUUUUUGAAACGCGCCUUUCCAAACGAGCAUUCGGCCCCGAGCCAUGCGAGCGGACCGCCGAAACUUUUGCCAAACCCCGGGCCCAAUUUACUACGCCACAUGAUGACACAACCCCAUUCAAGUGACGAACGAAUAACGCGCCCCGUCCUUGCUCUGCCGUAUGCUCCUACCACGCGCGAUGGACGCUAUGCGCCCAAGUAA